AUGAACAGCCUUGUCUCGCAGGCCUCUGUCGCUCCCGACUUCCGGGCCGAAAUCGUCAUUUCCGGUGAGACGCGGCGCCCUCUUCUGACGUCACGCGCCAACUUCCGGCGGCUCCACCGGCUCCCGAACGGAGGUCUCGGCUACCCUCCUCGCCUACCACUGGUCCGGGCA